GCCUGCGUCAUCAAAUUUUGAGUACACAUAUGGGGUGGAAAAAUUUGCAAAUUUUGAGGAAGCUAGCCAUAACAUACUAUACCAAAUGCCAAUUAUGAGCAGCCAGCCAUUUAACAUACCCGGGAUUCCCGAGGAUCUACGUCGUGAUGAAACAGUUCACCAGAUUGUUGAUUCCCUAGAGUACCUGGACAAGAUCGCCAAUGAAAUCUUCACUAGGAUUCACACACGCGUCUCAAAUAACCAGGCCCAUUUGCAGAAAAUAAAUGACAGAGUAAGCCUUGCUGAGGCGAAAAUUAGUAAAAUAAGCGGAAGUAAGAAAGCAACUAAUGUGUUCGCAUCUGCAAAGUAUCCCGCACAAGACACUACAGAAUUUUACGAAACUGUAUUUAAACCAGAUGCUAAGUUGAGAAGUCCGAAGAGACAGAGUUACCAUGUUCAGGAUAAGCAUAAAGUGGUAGAUGAGACAGUUUUAAAAGAUAAGCUCCAGUACUAUCAUGUUAAAGGAGGCAGGAAGAAAAAGUCAGGCGCAGAUCGUGGAGAGGGUUUAGGCGGUUUGCCGAAGGAAAUACCAUCUGUCAGUGCCUUACUACUAUUUAAUACAUCUGAAAAUCCAUACAAGAAAUAUGUUAUAAAGGAUCCACUAGGUGUGGUCACAAAGACUCGUACAGCUUUAGAAGAGGAGGACUCUGGCAUGGCAGAGGCCCCAAACACGAUCAAAACUAAUGAAGAGUUACAGCGUUUACAAGCAGAUAAUUAUUUCUACGUGCCGGGAAUUGGAGACGUCCCAGAACUAGAUUUGCCAAUUGCACUGCCAAAUCUGUUAGGUGUGGCAGAUGAUAUUACCUUCAGUGCGGACCAAGACAGUUCCAUCGCGCCAACAGUGAUGGGUAGUCACAUGCCAGAACUGCCUACAGUAGUACCAACAUCUGAGCCUCUGCCAGCUGGCCCUGCCACAGAGGGUGGUCCACCACCCCCACCAGCAGGGCCUCCUCCGCCGGAACCACCACCACCACCGCCUCCGACUGGUGCACCCCCUCCACCACCACCUCCUCCAGGUUUGUAUAGCGUUUCAAAAAGUUUAAUUUAACAUUGUUGCAAAAAUUUUAUGCUCCUGAAGGGUGAGCAUAUAGUUGCCGCUUUGUCCGUCCGUCCAUCACAUUUUUGUCCGGAGUAAACUUGAAGAAAAGUAUUAAUGGCAUUUGAUUGAAACUAAGCAUAAUCAUUGAGACAAAGUGCAGUGUCAAAGAAUCAUAACUCUACCUUACCUAGUUUUUGAAUUAUCUCCCUUUAUCAAAUAAGGCUUGUCCGGAGCAUUACUUGAAAAGUAUUAUUGGCAUUUCAUUGAAACUUCACAAAAUGAUAGAGGCCUUUGUCAGGAGGUGCAGUGUCAAAGAACCAUAACUCUACUUUACCUAGUUUUUGAAUUAUCUCCCUUUAUUAUACAAAAUAAGGCUUGUCCGGAGUAUAACUUGAAAAGUAUUAAUGGCAUUUGAUUGAAACUUCACAUAGUCAUAGAGGCCAUUUAGGGGUUACAUUCUACCAAUUCAGUUCCUUCUUUAUUUCAUAUAAACAAUAAAAUAUUCAGACCUCAUUUUCAGCACUUUAGAGCAUUUCAGUGAUAUGAAAACCAUAUAUGGUCAUUUAGUAUGACAUGUCUUCUUAUCAGAAAUAGAAAAAUAUUGACAUGUUAUGUACAUAUUAGAAAAAUAAUCUGUUCUUCAAACCUGGAGGAGGUGGACGGAUAGCUCAGUGGUUUGCACACUGGCCUUCCAAUCCUGAGGUCGGGGGUUCGAUCCCCGGCAGCUACUCGGGAAUUUUCAGAAACGCUUUUCAGUGUUUCCCACCCAACUAGAGGUGUACUGGUCAGGAACCCAGGCAAUCCUUGCUUGUAUCAGUGCUAUACACUGGGCACGUUAAAGAACCAGGCUGUCUAUUCGCAACGAGCUAGGCUAAGUUAGCCGGACAAGCCUGUAUCUGAUU